CUGGAUUUCUUUUACUGGGAAGGAUUUUGAUUGAUUGAUACACAAAACCCAUAACCAGCACCAUUGUUACUUGUUGAUUUCAAAGAAAGAAAAGAAAUGGCAAUGCCAUUGGGCGUGGCUCUAGAGAUGGCAAAAAUGGUGUGGAUAGCUUUAAGUGGAUGGGUUUGUUCUUGCUUGACAAUUGCUGAUGAAGUCGCCGCCUCUCUCAGAAGUGAUGAUAUUGGUCCCUUUCAUGUUGGCUAAUCUCAUUUCUUCUCUUGUUUUUCCAAUCAAACCCACAUCUCUGGAGGAACCUAAAAGAAGAAACAGAAGGGGCAUGGGGAUUGGAAAGGCAGAAACCAUUUUUAAUUUCAUUCAUUGGUGUGGCUUGCAAAGCUUGGUUAUUGGUUUUCUUAAAUUCCAGUAUGCUGUAAAGUGUUGGAUCAGUUUGAUAAUGUUGCAUGGUCCCUUAUGAAAGACUACUGGAGGUAUGAACAGCAUACUUUGUACAGACACUACUUUUCUUCAGUUUUGUGGCAUUCAUGGAAGGCACACUCGAAUCUUAAAUGAUCAGUCUUACUGGUUUAUCCGAACAUUACUCAUUUUAUA